CAGACACAGAAUGACCUUGAACGUCUAGACGACUACUCGUCUCAUAUAGGAUGCAUAGAAUGCCUUAAUGAUUAGCUCAGGUUGAAAACAUGAACACUUUUCUUAAUGCUUCCAUUUAUGAAACAUGAUUUACUAGAACAAAGCAUAAUGUGAUCUUAUAAUUUUUUAAAUCAGUGCCUCAUAUGAUCUAAUUAUCCCCUAUCAGCUAAUCAAAGUUACAUCUCAUGGUAUAUGGUAAAUAAUUCACGCGCUCAGGUUAACUAACCUUGAACUAUAUAAGGAUUGCUACUUCUAAUUAAUUGGAUAUAAAACCAACUGACCAAUCAUAGUAUACAAGCCAAUGCAACCAAUCAGCUAGUAGUAAUUGGCCCAAAUGAAAGAUUAAUAAGAAAAUAUUGUUUCCGUGAUCAAAAUACAAAAAUAUGAGUGGAAAACUUGAAGGUUGUGUUUGCCUAGUAACUGGAGCUACACGAGGCAUUGGUAAAGGGAUUGCAAUUGAAUUGGGUCAAGCCGGGGCUAUUGUAUACAUUACUGGACGAACAUUAAAGCCAGAUGGCAAAAAUAUUGGCGGUUCUUUAGAGGAGACAGCGGAAAUCAUAACCAGUGGAGGUGGAAAAUGUAUACCUAUAGUUGUCGAUCAUACUGAUGACAAUCAAAUCGCCAAGUUAUUCGAACGAAUUGAACGCGAACAAAAUGGUCGUCUUGAUAUUUUAGUCAAUAAUGCUUUCAGUGCUGUUGGUUUCCUCUUAGAGAAUGUGGAUAAGCCUUAUUUUGAGAUUGACAGUAAAUCACCUGGUGAAGCAUGGGAUAUUAUAAACAGUGUUGGUCUAAGGAAUAAUUAUAUUUGUUGUGUUUUGGCCACAAAACUAAUGAUCAAAUAUCAAGAAAAAUUGAAAAAUCAGGGUGUUGGAAUUGAUCAGUCAAGACCUGGAUUAAUUGUUAAUGUCUCUUCAAUUGGUGCUAGAAUAUAUUUCUUCAAUGUACCAUAUGGAUCAGGUAAAGCUGCUCUGGACCGUAUGACAACUGACAUGGCUUAUGAUUUAAAACGUACCAAGACUGAUGUGUGCAUCCUAACCUUAUGGCCUGGUCCAGUCCGUACAGAAACUGUUGUAUCACAGGCAGCUGGAGGGACUUUAGAACUUGGAGAAAAAAUAGUUUUUAAUUAUGAUACUGCUGAAACACCACAGUUAUCUGGCAGAGUAAUUAUCGCAUUGGCAAAUGAAAAACGCGACAAAUUGUUUUCAAGAGCUGGUCAAGUCAUUCUAACUUGUGAUGUGGCGGAUGAAUACGACAUCAGAGAACCGGACGGCAGGAAACCAAUCAAUCUGCGUUCAUUACAAUUUGCUGUUAAACAACAACAUCCUUUGCUUAGUUAUUUCAUACCUGGAUUCCUACGUAUUCCGCUUAGUUUUGUGACAUAUUUCCUUGGUCGGAAAUAGUCGUUUAUAUGUUGCCACAACAAAAACAAAUUCAUUCUAAUAACAAGUAACAGAAUACUCAGGGAAAAAUCUGAUGCAAAACUUAUUUAUUUAUUCUACUAUUAAACGCUUCAUUUUAAAUGAAUACUGAUCAGUGCAUCGUAGAUCAAUAUUUUUGGAAAUACUUCAGAGAAAGAAGUGCUUUUUCCUUUAAUUUCAUGUGUAAUAAAAUAACCGAAUCAUUUCUUGUUAAAAUUCAGUUUUGAUUUCCCCGUUGAUUGAUUGGACCGAAAUUUUCAGCCUCUGUUGACAUGUUGGCUCCCUGUGAGGGUGAAUUGACGAUGCCUAAGGAUCAGCUUGAAGUAAUUUGGUAAAUGGUGACUGGUCGUGAAAUUCAGGAUGUUCAUUUCGUCCUGUUUGGGACUCGUCAACUGGAGGCACCUGUAUUCCCCAGUGAGCGAGGGCUUCCCCAUUGAGGGUCGAACACAGUGACCAUCAUUUCAAACGUCAAAGCGGUUACCCACUAGACCACUUGAACCAUGGCAGCCACUACUUGUGCAUCGUGUGUCAGUCAUUGUUUGUUUUAAAUUGACGAGUCCCAAGUAGGACAAAGUGUGCAUCCUGGAUUCCACCGCUGGUCAACAUCCACCAAAAUGAAUUGAUAAUUUUCUGCAAAUAUGAUUUUUUUACAAUGCAUUAGCAUCAUUUAGGUAUGAUCUCCUGGUGUAUAGAUACCCAACUGAAUUGUGUAAUUAGUCAUUAUUCCUAUAAACUUUUAUCGUUUAUAUGCAUUGUAUAUAUCCCCUGCCGACGCACACCUGAU